AGGUGCUGGCAUUUGACACAUCAUUGAAUAUAAACUACGGAAUUUUACUCUAACACAAACUUAGUGAUGAUGUCUUUUGCUGGAGGAUACUUCAACUCCAUUUGUAUAUUAUUGCUGUUGGUAUUACCACCGUGUUUACAGUCUAUUACAGUGUCCCCUUCAAGUCCUGACUUUAAAACUGAAAAUGACUUGCCUGUGAAUGAGAACAGCAAUUAUAUUGAUGAUAAAGGCAUUGUAGGUCAGGUAAACAACAGUAGUUUUCCUCAGAAUCAAAAUGCAGAUGUACAGGUAUCUGAUGUUGACGCAAAAGGUGGAGCAGUUCUACUUCCUGCUAGUAACGCAAGCAGUAAUAUUGGAAACAUACAGGUAGAUCCACUGAAACAGGACAGCCUUUUAGACAGAGUCAUUGGUAGAGAUGGAGAUCAGAGCCUUCCAGUUCAACAACAGACUGGUGCUAAUUAUACAGAGCAGCAGCAACAACAAAAUGAACAAUUGCCUGUAGAAGAAAAUCAAAGUUUGAAACAGUUUAUUCUACCAGCCUUUAAACAGACAUAUUUUGACUCUAAAGUUGACUCUCAAUAUGAUGCUAAGCCUGCUGAGUCCUAUCCCAAUGAAAACCAGAAGACUGGUGAAGAGUCGUUAAGUAAUGACAAUAACCUGCAUGUUGAUGAGUCUAAAAACCAGCCACAUCAAGUGUUCACAACAAAACCGCCUUUAUUACAAGAGGAUCAGCAAAAACUCUCAGAUUUGAAUAAUGUGAAGGACGUAGGUCGGGUGCUUGAGAUGGGUAACGAUGAUGAUGAUGAUGAUGUUGACAAAGAUGUGCAAGGUUACAAUGAUGCUGGUGCUGCGGGACAGGAUCUCAUGGAUACAGGCUACGAGCAGACGGCAGACCAAGGGGAUGAAGACAAUGUCGAUGAGAAGAUCAAUGAUAUAGAUAAGAAUGAUGAUGGAGAUGAUCAGGACCCUAAUAUCGAUGAAGAUGAUUGGUACUACAACAGAAUCGAUGAUAACAAGGAUGAGCUGGAGAUGGAGAAGAAUGAGAAUGGCGGGGAUGAGUUUGUGGAGACGGAGAAGACAGACAUGUCAGACUUCCAGUGGCCGGACAAUGACAACACCCUCAUGUUUGUGGACACGAAGAACAGCGAGCCAGUUUUCCACGAGGAGAUGGUGGAAUACAAUAUGAUGAAGAACCGCGUGAACACACCAUCCAGCAUGGUGCUCUUCUACACGUGGGUCAUCCUCAUCGUCCUCCUCACGGUCAUCGCAGUGUCCGCCUUCAAAUACCGCUGCAAGGGUAGAAGCUUAAUGAAUGGAUUUCGAUCUCAUCGGAAUGGGUCGUACCGUGGUGGUGAUGAUGUUGGAAAGAAACUUCUGGAAAAUGUUUACACCUGAGCUUGACCCGAAGUCUUUCUUAAUACACAUUGCGGUUCUCUUCACACGCAGCAGGACUGAGAGUGGAAUGGGGUGGGUGGGUAUCUAUUGUCGUCUCGCUUGUUACACAAUGAGUUAAUAGAUGUCACAAUUGUUACUGACUUUUUUAAUAUCUUAGAGUGCCAAUAGCAGGCAUCUACUUGUAGAUGUUGUUCACUUAGUCCAUGACAAUGAAAAUGGUCCUUAUCUCAACAUGUCUCAUAAAGAUAUCUAGCUUUUCAGUUAGUCCAUGACAACGAUAAUGGUACUUUUCACAAUGUGUCUGAUAAAAAUAUCUAGCUUUUCACUUAGUCCAUGACAACGAUAAUGAUACUUUUCACAAUGUGUCUCAUAAAGAUAUCUAGCAUUUCACUUAGUCCAUGAUAACGACAAUGGUACUUUUCACAAGGUGUCUUAUGUAGUUUUUCACCUAGUUCCUGGCAAUGGUUGUUUUUAACUCUUCAUCUUUUAAAAAAAUAUUCUAUACAUGUACAUAUGAGCUGAUUUUAACCUUUUCACCUUUUCAUAGUUUAUGAAUCUUGUUUUUAUAUACUUUUCUUUGUGUUUACCAAUGGAUCCAACUUCUGGGUUUUUACAAAUGUACAUGUACCUAGACUUCUGUAAAAAGGUUGUCUUCCAAAAUCACAUCUAUAAACUCCUAAGAUUUCAACUAAUAGGCAGGGCUUCUAGAUUUUUUUUUAAAUCCACUAGCCAUGGGAUCUGUCAUUUAAAACAUUUACUAGCCACGAUUAAAAAUUCACUAGCCUUACUUUACUUUAAGUUAAUACAAUU